GAGCAGGGUAGAGCGAUAAGAAGACAGUGGUCGUGGUGUGGUGGCGGUCGGAGGGGUAAGCAGCCACAGAGCCGCCAUGUUCUGAGGGGCAAAGCAGUGACCCGCCGAGCAGCGGAAGGCCCUGGAGGGAGCUUACAUAAGCAUAUAUAAGCCCGCGCGCAAUGGCUCGGAGCGAAACUCUUUUGUCGAACGCAUUCCUCUCUCGCUCAGCAGCAGUCGUUCUACUUUUCUUCAGCCUCAGACUUCCAGAGGCAUAGGCGAGAGGGGUUUUUACCCACUCGCUCCCUCUCGCUCGCCUUUAUUCCUCUUUGCGACCAACUGCACCCUCGAAACGUGUUGGCCGUCAUGAUAUCCCAAUAAACACGUCUCUGCUCAACCAUCCCUGACCGACUCAUUACCAAGCAUUUUUGCUACCUCUCUACAACCCUUCAAUCGCAUUCCAAAUUACCCUCAGAGCAUUACGACCUUUUCCAUCCUACCUAUGAUCAUGGCAGAUUCUACCGCGUCGGAAACAGCCCAAACAGAGGGCGAAAGUCCCGAGGGUUCAGAUAAACCGCCGCAUGGUAAUCAUAUAGAGCAUCCAUCACCUCUCAAGCAAGUCCUACCCGCUUCUGACAAGAUCAGGCCAAACGGAGCCGUACAUAGACAGCUUUCGUCUAAGGCCGCUCCUCCCGCGUCUCCCUCUGCCCCAAACGGCUCCGCCGGUGGCAAGGUCCCCUUACCUCCUGCCGAGUCGCAUGCUUUUCCCAAAGCGCCUGGGACUACUAGGCGGGAUCUCGAGCAGCUCUCUCAGUCCACCCAGAUGGCUUUUGGCGGCUCGCCACACAUCAAACACACUGCUCCGUCCACAACGGGCUCCGUCUCACCUUCUACCAGCAGCUCUCGGUCACCCUCCGAGUACGAGAGCUCAAGUGUUCCAUCCACGCAACCACCUAGUAGAGCACCAAGCAGACCACCGAGCAGACCGUCGAGCUUUUCUGCUGGCAAGUCUGGUGGGAAAGUCGAAGCUCCUAGCACCCCUUCCCGACCCCCUAGCCAGAAAGACAGCGGCAAGACCGCAAGUCGCGCUUCGAGUACCCAUCGAAUAUCGCCAACGUCUACAAACGAAACAACGGCCGCCAAAAGGCCUCCCUCUGUACAUUCGGACGCAGGUCAGAAAUUUACGUUGAAGGACCUUUUGGGUGCGGGGCCAAAGUUGGUCCGACGGUCUUCUGCUCGCUCCACUGGCAGCAGCAAGAAGUCGGAUUCAGAGCGUGGCGGUCGCUCAAGCAACGGCGAGAGCACAGCGAGCCUGUUGAAGAAAUACGGCGUGUGUGAGAAAGUGGCCAUUGGCAAGGGUGCGACUUCUGUUGUUCGACUCGCGCACAAGUGGGAUCGCUCAGAGGAGAAGCUGUAUGCUGUGAAGGAGUUCCGGAAACGCCGAAAGAAUGAAACAGAGAAAGAAUACGUCAAGAAGCUCACAGCAGAGUUUUGCAUAUCGUCCACAUUGCAUCAUAUCAACAUUGUCGAGACAGUAGAUCUAGUACAAGAUGAAAACCUCCAUUGGUGCGAAGUCAUGGAGUUUUGCCCUGGUGGAGAUCUUUACGCCGCCAUCAAGCGUGGAGGCAUGUCGCCCGCCGAAGUGGAAUGCUGCUUCAAGCAGAUCCUAACCGGCGUGUCCUACCUUCAUAGUCAAGGUGUCGCCCACAGAGACAUCAAGCCGGAAAACCUCUUUUUCGACACGAAGGGCCAUUUGAAGAUCGGUGACUACGGCGCAUCGACAGUCUACCGGCUUCCAUGGGAGCAGACAAUACACAUGUCCACAGGUCUAUGUGGUAGUGAGCCCUAUAUCGCACCAGAACAGUUCCUUGGCAAACGUAAGCAAAUGAGUAAUCCAAAUUCAUUAUCCCCUAAUUCCUUUCCGCUGGCAAUAGCCUACGAUGCACGCCUUGUCGACAUCUGGGCAUGCGGUAUUGUCUACUAUUGCCUGCACUUCCAGGAGCUACCAUGGACAGUCGCUCAACCAUCAGACCAGCUCUUCGCCGCUUACGUCGCAGCAUGCUCCUCUCCUUCACCCGCACAGGCGCAAUGUCCACCUACCAUCAACAACCUCUCCCCCCGAGCAUGCCGACCACUUAUACGGAAGAUGCUGGAACCGAAUCCGAAAUUGCGUUUACCCAUCGAGGACGUCAUGUCGCAUCCUUGGAUCGAGACAAUCGAGGUGUGCCAUCUCAUGCCGAAAGCGACACAUGUGCAUGUGUACGCACAGGCCAUGGCAACGGCGCAAGUGCAGAUUCUGGCAUAGCGGUUUCGUGGCCGAUAGGAGAGUUUGGAGGGCCCGGAUUUUCCAUUUCUCUUCGUAUGAUUGGUUGGUUCUCAUCCAUGUAAUCCUCUUCUGUCUCUACGAUUGAUGUCUCACCCCCCGUCGUCGUCCAUACCCAUUACCACCAUUUUUGGGGGUGGCGGCUGAGGGGCCGUACUUUAUAUUAGCUCUCUCUGUCUGUGCCACCAUGAUCGUUGACGUGUUUUAGCUUCGUGUUGCUGUGUGUGUUCUUUCUCUGCGUUGCUCUUCUUAUUAUUGUCGCUGUUUUCCUUACUCCAUCUUCGCCUACUACCAUCCUCUGAUGUAGAUGUAAUACUUGACCUUAGUUGAUAUGCUGUUUGUUCCUUACUUCUUGGAGGAGCGGAUGGUGGUUUUGCUCUUAUGUUCUGGAAUGCCAUGCGAUCAACCACUCAAUAUU